CCAGACGAAAACAAGGGUCUUUGAACGACACUUCGGAGCGCGCUUGCCCUCGAAUGAGACACAAAAUCCGACUUCAUCUUCGCGGCUUACGUCAAACGCUCUUCUUGUUGACGUCGUGACUCGCUCCUUGAUAAAAAAACAAAGAAAAAAAAAUCUGUGCUACUUAUACGAGGAAAAAAAAAACGAGAGUCGCUUCUCGUUGGCAUCUGCACUGCCAACACUGCAAAAAAAAAGGAGAAAACUCGCGUCGCCGUUUCUGCGUCAACAAUGCCGCUGAGCCUGAACGGGGUCCUGUGCACGCUGGCGUUCCUGCUCGUGUGGCGGGCGGAGGAGCUCGCCCAGGCGUGCAGCUGCGCCCCGGUACACCCGCAACAGGCAUUCUGCAACGCCGACGUGGUGAUCCGAGCGAAGGUGGUGGGCGAGCGUGAGGUGGACUCCGGCAACGACAUCUACGGGAACCCCAUCAAGAGGAUUCAGUAUGACGUCAAACAGAUCAAGAUGUUCAAGGGACCCAACCAGGACAUCGACACCAUCUUCACCGCGCCCAUGUCGGCCGUGUGCGGCGUCACCCUGGACACCAGCGGCAAGAAGGAGUACUUGAUCUCCGGCAAGUCCGACGCCGGCGGGCAGAUGCACGUGACGCUGUGCGAUUACAUUAUGCCCUGGGACUUCUUGAGCAACACCCAGAAAAAGAGUCUCAGUCAGCGCUAUCAGAUGGGCUGCGAGUGCAAGAUCGUGCGCUGCCCCUCGCUGCCCUGCGAGAUCUCGGCCCCCGAGGAGUGCCUGUGGACGGACCUGAUGAUCGAGAAGCAGGUGUACGGUCGCCAGGCCAACCACUACGCCUGCGUCAAGCGCGCCGAUGGAUCCUGCUCUUGGUACCGCGGCGUGGCCCCGCCCAAAAAAGAGUUCCUGGAUGCGGAGGAUCCCUAGGGGAGGCCCCGCCGCUCCGGCCUGAAAGUAUCGAUUCGUACCCCGUAAAAAAACAAAAAAAACAAAACAUCAUCAGGCCAUUUCGAUUUAGAGGUGGGGGGGAAAAAAAGAAGAAUCUGUAGCCUCUGUGUCCAUUUUAAACCAAAUGAGGGUUCUUUGUUGUUGUCGCAUUGGAAGCAUGAGACUGGUCAAGUGAUGAUGUAUUUUCCUCCUGAGGCUGGCGUCAGGAGGACGCAAUGUUUUGUUUCGUUUUUUUUUUUCUUUCGUAGCAAUGGAGCACUUCCUCUGAAGCUCUUCUAAGUCCAAAUCAAUCCAUCCCCGAGCUGUGCAAGAUGAUUCACUUCAAUGACCUCAUCGUCCAUUUUAUCCAAAGCAAAAAUUCCAAGUUGCCUUUUUUUUUUAUUUUGUGUUUUUGUCCUUUUUGAAACACGCCCACGUCAGGCUCGUCUUCUUUCAAAACAACCCGAUUCAGCAUUUUCGUUUGGUGACAAACGACUCACUGGACCAGUGUGUGUGUGUGUGUGUGUGUGUGUGUGUGUGUGUGUGUGUGUGUGUGUGUGUGUGUGUACACGACCAGAAAGAUACACAUUUGCUUGCUCCCAUUUUCCAUCAAGUAGGGUGAACCGACUUCAAAUGAGAGGCUUAUUUUUGACAAAUGUGUAAAAAUGAUCCAAGUCCACUAAGUCGAAUCAAUUUUACUGAUCAUCUGAGCCCGCAAGGUUUUUUUUCCCCCCUCUGAGUCAGCUAACUGAAGUCAGUGAACUGAUACCAUCUUAGUGGACCAACUCAACUUAGUGAACCGGUGCAACGGAGUCACCCGAGUUGCUAACUUGAGUUCGUCCAGCGAUACAAAAGCGUCACAAAGUCCACCGACUCAAUCUGUGAAGUGAUACAUCUUCUUAAUCCUCCGACUGGCGGAUCGAUGCAACCAAGUCAUCGGAGUCCCGCCAACUCGAAUCAGUGAACGGGGACAUGUCAGUUGAUUCUUCGGUGGAAUGAUCCAACUGUGUCAAUGGAGUCGCCGAGCUUCUUAAGCCUCUUGUUGAAACUUUUGUACUGAAUUUCAUGUUAAAUGGGAGCAAGAAUAACGGUACAAGUGUUAUAUUUUUAGGAGCGUAUUCAAAUCAACUAUUAAUUGCAUUACUAGCCUGUCACCUUCGAAUCGCGUCUCACCCUGCAGCUGCACAGCAGCUAUGCAUCUGUCAUUUUGUCCUGACUUGAGCAUUUAGUAUUAUUUCUAUGAAUUAUUUACAGUGUUAGUUAACUAGAUUUGCACUUUUUUUUUUUUUUUUUUUUGGCGAGGAAGCGUUACCGAAAGACCUGAACACUGAUGUUACAAUUCGUAUUAGUUGUGUUUUCAUGUUGAUGGCACGCCUCCCCACAGCAGGUCCUUGGUGAAAGGAAUUGAGUGACAAAAAAGGGAUUUUUAAUUUUUUUUUUAUUUUAUGGCUUAUGUUAGUGUCUUUUCAUUGAUUGUACAUGCAUUUUCACCGUUUGCCAAUGUAUGGAGGGCCCAGUGUGGCAUUGCUUGUCUUUUCGCCCACCAACUUACUCGCCAAAGCUUUCUCACCGCCUUUUAGAUCGCACGUUUACAGCGCUGCUUUAUAUGCAAAGAAAUGAGCUUAGAAAAAAAGAAACAACAACAAAAUUGCGUACAGGCACUUUCCAGUUUAAAAGGUA